AAAUCAUAUACAAACUUUGCAAACCAGAAUUUUCAGAUAGCUAGUUGGAUUUCUCUAAGCCUUCCAAGCAAGCAAAAUGACGAUCAUAGAGAUGAGAGUUCAUAUGGACUGUGCUGGAUGUGAAAGCAAGGUGAAAAGUGCUCUUCAGAAAGUUAAAGGUGUUGACGAAGUUGACAUUGAUAUCAGUAUGCAAAAGGUGACGGUCACCGGAUGGGCUGACCAGAAAAAGGUUCUUAAAACAGUCCGGAAAACCGGCAGGCGAGCUGAGCUGUGGCAGUUGCCCUACAAUCCAGAACACCACAGUUUUGCUAAUCACUACUACAAUCAACACCAAUGCAAUGGCCCCUUGACAUAUUAUGCACCCCAGCCUUCAUCUUCUUACAAUUACUAUAAGCAUGGAUAUGAUAGCAAUGAUCCUUCCUAUUAUCAUCACCCCGCUCAUUCAACUAUAUUUGGUAACCAAAAUGGUUCAGCUUUUAGUGAUGAGAAUCCUCAUGCUUGUUCUAUAAUGUGAAUUUAAACAAACAAAAAAUAAAAAAGAAAAGAAAUCGCUGCAACCCUUGUUUUAGGUUCUAAGAAGGAUAUAGUGUGCCUUUUUGUAUUUCUUUGUAAUGUACGAGCAAAUGCACAUCUAGAUGUAUACAUACACACACAUCUAGAUGUAUGUAUGUUAUUUUACCCAUAUACAUGAAGUGUACCCAACUCGGCUAGGCAGCUCAAAAUCUGUCAUACGGAAAUAAAAAGAUCUCAGGAAAAUCUACCAUUUCAUAGUUUUUGUUAAUGGCUCUUUGAUAAAAGCACACACUCAACUCAAGUAUUUUUAUUCACUCUGCAAGCAGUCAAUCCAGCUAGGUAAGUAGAAGAUGUGUGCAUGCACUGUCGAAAAAACAAAAAAAAAACAGUUUCCUAUUUGGGUUAAGAAGAAGAAUAAGAGGGCAUGCCAUCAAGUAGGUUUUCAGGUUCACUGUCAGCUCCAAGUAUGAAUUUUACAAUGGACAAGGCACCCCUUUUCUCAAUCUAACUGUAUAUGGUUUCUCAAUCACACUUUUCUGGGGUAUUUCCAUCAUUUAAAAGCAUACUACAUCCAUGGCUUCCUUUUCAGGUUGCAGCUGUGAGGGCAGUGUAGACUUAAAGCAGCGGAAGCAAAUAAACAGAGGUGAUUUCUUGUCAUAAGGUGCUUGAAUUUCAUUGAGGAAUUUUUAUAAACAUAACGUUCACAUACUUAUUUACACAUGAAAAUCACAGCAUUUGAUUCACAAAGACACACCUGCUAGCUCUAAUUCAAGUUCUAUAAUUUGUACAUUCAACCCAGCAAACAUAUAUAAAUAACGGAUACAAAGCUACCUAUGUAUUUGCUGGCAAAAUAGAACAAUUCCAGCACAAGCUACAACUCGCCACAAAAUGUAAAUAGGUGGCGGACAGAAGAGUUUCACUUACAA